CGCAUUACGACUUGUGGGCAGAAACAAGGAAGUUUAGUGACAGGUUGAGGGUAACGUUUCGACGCUUCUGAGUGCUGCCGCUGUCUUUUUUGGACUCAAGCUUUACGAUGGGAGUGGACUGGAUUGGAUUUGGCUAUGCAGCGGCCAUUGCUUUUGGAGGAUUUAUGGGAUACAAGAGAAAAGCCAGCGUGAUGUCCCUGAUGGCUGGUUUAGUUUUUGGUGGAUUAUCUGCUUAUGGUGCCUAUAACAUCUCUAAUGACCCAAAGGACAUUAAAGUCUCAUUACUUGCCUCAGGAGUCCUCUCAUUGGUGAUGGGAAUGAGAUACAAGAAAUCUGGGAAAAUAUUGCCAGCUGGCCUCAUGUCAGGGCUAAGUUUGUUGAUGGUGUUUCGACUGUUACUCCUGAUCAUGGUGUGACUGGAGGAACGACACUGACCCAGAUUGACUCUGUCUGUCCCUUACUUUGAAGGAAACAUCAUUCCCAACUAACACACUAAAACAAGUUGUCUGUUUUUUAUUGCAAGCUAAGUUUCAUGUGACCAGAAACCUCGCAAAAUCUACCAGUGGGUGUUAACAGAUUUAAGAUGAACUUUUAUUGCAGUAAAUCUUUUUGGUUUGAUUUUAUAUUGAUUUUUUAAUUUUUAAUUUUGUGUUAUUACCAUUGAUUUAUUUGUGGGUGUUCUUAUUUGUCUUGGCAGUGGGUCAGUGGGUUUACUGUAGACACUACAACAUUGAUCUUGCAGGCUCCAAAAAUGUCUGAGUUAGUAAGCUGAAGUAUUCAAAUUACUGAUAAAAGGAACAAGUUUAUAGAAAAAAAUGGAUUCUUGACCUCUUACAUGCUAUGUCUUUGAGCAAAAAAGAAUGAAAGUUAAUGUGUUUGUGGGUUUUUUUUGUAAGAACAGAAAACUAAAUAAAUGGACGUGAUUUUUAAAA